UGUCAUCGGAAUAACGAAAUCGAGUGUGGUUAUUUUAUUACAAACCUACAAACCUUUUACAUAAAAACUGCAACUAAAAAAAUUACAAGUUAUCAAACGUCAAUGUCAUUAAAGUAUUUUGGAUCGCUUUGAUCACAAAUAAACAAGUCUUGAGCUUCUCAUAAUGAGUAAAUCGCGGGAACUAAUCUCCUCAAGUUCGUCUUCGGAGUUAGACAACCAGUUCUCAUAUAAGCGUUAUUUCAUCAACAACUUGGAUUCGUACCAUGGCGAGCGAAUCUUGGAACUCAUGUCGAAAAUUCUGGAAAGGAAUGCGGAGCAAACGAGAGUGCCUUCCGCGGUUUUGGUUGCCGAGGAUGCUGAGCCUUCACCGCCGCCACCGCCAGAAAUGCCGUAUGAAAUUAUCGGUACCGUUAGUGACCCGAAGAUAAAAUCACUAGACAACGUAGCACGGAUCGUUUCCAAAGACCAAGUGUUACCAGACAUGCUGACUUGUGGCACCGUCGUGUUGGACAUCAGCUAUGAUCGGGACGAAUUGAGAAUUGCCUUGGAUUACUUGAAGCUAUUGAAAGAUUUACUGGGGCACCACGGACCACCGACGGUUGCCUCAGAGCCGGGUGACGAAGUAGGGGCUGGCGACUCCGCGAAGCGAUACUUGAUCCUCAUCUCCACUGUUAUGACUUGGGCUGCCACCAAACCUUUGGACCCGGAUAACCCAGAUAUGCCGUUUAUCGAAGCAGAUUUUCGCAAAAGAAAGCCGCAUCUCAACUACAAAAUGCACUACGACGCCGAAAACGAAGUGAUCGGUAUUGCGAGAAAGUAUCGAACACAAAUCGGUGCCACAGUGGUGUGUGCGGGCAUGACGUACGGCGGCCGCGAAGACGUGCUAUACUACUGGUUCCAGAAGGCUUGGGAAUGUGAACCCCUGCUGCCGAUUCUUGGAAGAGGCGGGAACUUUGUGCCACUUCUCAACGUCCUGGAUUUGGCGCAAAUCGUCUACAAUUUGGUCACGGACUUUCCAAAGAAGUUAUUUAUACUGGCCGUUGAACAAAAUCCGACAAAGCAAAGAGAGAUAAUAAAACCUCUUGGUCGCUGCGCUGGGACGGGAAUGUUCAAAUGUAUUCCACAAGAGGAUGCCUUCUUGAUUCCGGAAAUCGAUCAAAGGAUUUUUGACCUUAUGACACUGAAUCUGAGUAUGGAACCGGGCUUUAUCGUGGAGACCAUGGCUCUACAGUGGACCACUGAGCUCACGUUUGCCGAAUAUGCACCGAUUCUUAUGAAAGAGUUCAAGAGACUUCGAGGACUUAAGCCGUUUAAAAUCAUCGUUUACGGUCCUCCUAUAGUUGGAAAAACGGCUCUGGCAAAGCAGAUCUGUGAGAAUUACGGCCUUGUUUAUAUAUCCCCUGAAACUGCCGCUAAAGAUGUCAUGGAGGAUUUGGCUCGUCGUGUUGCCCACUGGGAAGAGGGUGAAACAUCUGCAUUGCCGCAACCAUCCGCUGAAGAGGAAGUGGCCCAAGGCAUGGACGAUGAAGAUGACAACGCUGCCGAGGAUGAGGAGGCGCGUGAGGCGGCGAAGCAAGCGUUGGCUGUAAUGCAGGCGGGGAUAGCGAUCAGCGAGGAAGAAAUUAUGGGAUACAUGCGAAAAAGGCUGCUCUGCCGAGAAGCUUCGAAUAGAGGUUGGGUGUUGGACGGGUUUCCAAAUACCAUACCGCAGUGCACCGCGCUAUUCGACAGAGGAGAAGAGCAAGAUUCUGACGCAGAAGAGGAAAAUGAAGAAGACAAGUUUGACGAAGACGCUGAAUUGUACAGCAAUGUUUUGAAGAAAAUGCUACCUGACAUCGUAGUAAACCUCGAAGCUACAGACGAUUUUAUCUGCGACAAAGCAAUGAAGCUACCCGAGGGUGAUUCCCGUUUAGACGAAGAAGUAGUCCUAAAUCGUCUUUACGAGUUCCGAGCCAAUGAUGCCCGGGAUGUCACUCCACUUAAUUUCUUUGAUGAACUGGAUAUACACCCUCUCAUAGUGCCUGUGAAGGAUCAUUCGGAUUAUGCUAUGAAGGGACCAUAUGCAGCAGUCGCUUUGCGGAUGGGACGACCUUGCAGAUAUUCGAAGUUACUCGCUAUGAUCGAGGCCGCUGAGAAGAAAGCAAAAGAAGAUAAAGCCAAACAGAAACACGAAGAAGCCAAGGCGCUCAAAGAACUCGAGGAAAAGAUGAGAAAAGAUCGCGAAGACAAAAUGGAAUACUGGUCUGAACUAUACGCCGCGAUGCGAGACGAGGAAGAACAAGCGUUAGCGGCGGCCGGCGAGCCAAUGCGCAACUAUCUAGUACACCACAUCUUCCCUACACUCACUCCAGCUUUGCUCGAAGUAGCCAGACUGCGACCUGCUGAUCCUAUCGACUUUCUGGCCGAACAUCUAUUCAAGAAAAAUCCAACCGGCAAAAUGCUAGAGCCAGGCUAUAACCUUCAAGCCGAGAAGAUCUUAGGCAAGAUCAAGAUCUUAGACGAUGCUUUGCAAGACCUGGAUGUAAAGAUUGAACCAUUAGCCCCUCCAGAAGCAGAGUUGCCUUCGCCUCCAUCGCCUCCUAAACCUAAACCUAUGAGUGCUCUGUAAAUAAGACAAAAGGGGCCAU